GAAAAGGGGCCGCUCGCCGCUUGUUCAUUUUUCCACUUAUUGUUCAAAGGGCAUCUUGAGAUAUUAUACCAUUCGGAAGACAAAAAAGAUUGCAUGCAUCAUCUGGCUCGUUCACUUUGCACUGGAUCAUUUAGCGUCAUGGCAUCCCUUGCGUUGAAUUCGACUAUUUAUUUAUUUUUUUCCCUACUCUUUUUCUGGGCCGCCUCAUCGACCUCCAACUUCUGGAACCAUCUGGCGCCGCCGCUGCAAACAUGGCUGCAGCCCCCAGACUCAAGACGGCGGACCCGAGGGUUGUUUACCGACUACCCUCCACUUUGUGCCAGCCAUGUUUUUCACAAGUCACAAAAGAAACAAGGAGAAACCUACAAAAAAAAAAAAAGAGGUGCGACAAAGGGAUCCUUCUCGGCGUGGAGCAAGCGAACAAAACUCGCCUCAGUAACACACCGGCACACUGGGAUUCUUUUUCAUCUUUUGGCACCCAACCCAGCAGGGACUUGAUUAGAGGAGGAUGGGAGGAAAAUGGCUUGACAUUCGGAAUGAAUGGAGGAAAGCAACAAGAUUAACAAAGUUGUUCAUUUUGUCGGAUACCCCCAGAUGUGUCCAAGGACAAGGGAGGAACAAAUCGGAUGGGAGAUCACCAACACACCCCCUCCCCCCACAGCUGCGUUUUUGCCACGGGCAGCCUACUCGUUUUGCGGCCAUUUGCGAUAUUGUCU